UUUUGUUCCAUCUUCUUCCUCUCUUUUGAUCCAUCCUCUUCCUUUCUUUCUUCCUCUGUGUGAACCAAGCAACUACUUGCUUCCCUUAAACCCAACUGAUUUAGGUUCAAGGGAACCCAAUAGUUGGGUUCAAGAAACCUAGCAGAUGGGUUCCAUUGAACCCGAGCUGGGUUUGACAAAACCUAGUGGUUGGGUUCCAUCAAACCCAGCAGAUUUGGGUUCGACAGAACCCAAUUGCUGGGUUCAGUGGAAGCCAUUUGCUGGGUUCAGUGGAAGCUAUUUGCUAGGUUCCUCAAACCUGACGAACCUAGCAAAUCUGGGUUUGAUGGAACCCAAUGGCUGGGUUAUUUGUUGCAAAUGAGCAAUUGAGUUUAUGCAAAUUGCAGGUUGUGAGGGAUUCUUGAGAUUCUUUUGCUUUAUAUUUCCUAACUAUUGUCUAAAUGAUUUUAACAUUCAAAUUGGAAAGAAUAUCGUUGAUGUUGGAAAGAACAGAAGCAGUGACCAAUGGGCAAAUAAGCAAUUUUCAAUGGGUUUCCAUUUGCUUGGCUAGAAAAGUGUACAAUUUGGGCGUUUGGAUGCUUAAAAAUUGGUUUCAAUCAGUGUUUUGGAAUAAAUAUUGUAUUAAUAG